CAUGCGGCUGUUGUAGGCACUAAAGCGCGGUGUAGAAGUUAACCGAGAGCCGAGUAGAGGCAAUGGGUUCGAGAGGUGCGCUCUCGAUAUCUUUAUAGUGAGGUGGAGGAAGAUUUGUGCACUCGAACGUUGCGUUACCAAUGGAAUAUAAGAGUACAUUCGUUAGGAAUAUCCUCCGAAACAAUUGGUAAUUACAGAAUGUUAGUGACUGGUAUAUUAUUGUACUGUUCGGCAGCGUGCGCUCUGCCUUUAGUGGGUAGUACUACUAGAACGGCUUCUCUUAUCAGUCAUAAGAGCAAAACUCCGGGAAAUCCAACUACUUGUAGCACAGACGAAGACUGCAACAACUUAGAAUUACUUGUUUGCGAUUUGGAAACGCAUCGAUGUACUUGUAGAGAUCUGCAUAGUAUCGAAUCACCAACUGGAGAUUGUAUAAAAGUAAAACAGUUAAGUCAAACAUGCACUUAUACGAGUCAAUGCCGCUUCUUCGAUGAACACGCUAUCUGCUUGGAUGGAUUAUGCACUUGUAUGAAGGGUUAUUAUGUCCAGAACAAUCCAAAUGGAAGUUCGUGCGAAGGAGAUGGUCGAGUUAGUUACGGCAGUCCAACCGAAGUACCUCACUAUCGCCUGGACACCAAUGUCAUUAUUAUCAUGGUCGUUAUGGCUAUAAUGUUUGUAGGAAUGUGUGUAGCUCUUCAUCUCUUCAGCAGGGCAAGAUUCCGGAAUAGAAGGACGAUUUUCAAUUCUCCACAUCCUCGUUUGAUGCAUAUCAAACUGGGGAAACGUCGAGCAAGCACUCUCAGCCAUCGACGUCAUAGCCAUAUCCCACCUCCUAGAUCUCGCCAUCAUAGCGUAUCUUCUCAUAUAUCUCAUUCUUCUCCUUCUCCAGGUAAAACUAGGAAGACAUCAAACGGCUUUCUUGCAAUUCCUAACGCAGAUGGUCACCACGAAGCACCUCUAGCUGAAAAUGAAUCGUUGCCUUCGUUAGAAGAUCUAACUAAAAAAGUGCACGAAGACCAGCCAGUUCAGAACGGUCCAGCAAUCUUAAAAGAUACGGCAGCUGUCCAGGAAGGGACCAACUCGCCUACUGUGAUCGUGACGAGUGCAUCCGGUGAAAAAACUGUUGUCAAAGGAAAAUCGCCAUCUCCCACUGCUCAGGUGUGAUUCUACGUAAAAAAAAACAAGCUUCGUGUCGGCCUCGUCGAGCAGUAAUUGUAUGCUAAACAUACACACGGUUCGUUUCUUUACAAAUUCUCUCCCGCCAUUCGAUGCUGAGUCCCAAAAAAAGCACCGUUUAAGGUGUACUUUAUCCGUCAUUUUUGGGACAUGUCCAAAGCAUGAUGCAUGAUUAAAAAAUUAGAUUAUUUUAAUAUUUUUACUUAAAUCUUAAUUCGGAAUUUAACGAAUAUUAAAAUUUGGAAACAUUUCAGAAAUAUAUCCUUAGAGUAAUCCCGAGAUCCAUAUUUUGAAACUAUAACUCAAUCUAGACAAAUCGCUAAUUUAAGAAAUCGGAAUGUUAAUUGUUAGGCUUUAUAAGCCAAAUAUAUGAAAGAUAUAAAACAAAGGAAUUUUUAAGAUAUAUUUUUAAUGAUUUUUCUUUUUUAUGAUCUUUCAGUUAAAAUUUUUAUAAACAUUUUCUUUAAAAUUCUUCUUCUGCGUGAUGUCCCUUUUCAUUUUUGCAGCGUGUAUUUUUGUUAAUUUACAGUAAAAAUUCGAAUUUUUCUUUAAAAAAUUUGCAGUAAAUUGCUUCGAAUCGUGUAAAAAUAUAAUCCGAAAUACAAAGGUACAAAUUUGUGUGACAGUAUUGAAGUUAUUAAUGGUAUUGCCAAAUUUCAACACGUUUAUAAACCUAAUAUUCACGAAACUAAUUAACUAAUAAAAUAUUCGUAAAUUAUCUCUCAAUAAUUAAUAAAAUAAGGUAACAAUUAUAAUAUAUUAUUAUUAUUAUUAUUAAUUUUGAAUUUUUUAUAAUUUAUUUGUCGAAUGUAAAAAAAAUGAUACCCAUGUAAAGAAUAAUUUUAUGAUAUGUAUAUAAUAUAAUUAUUAUCGCUGUCUUUGACAGUAUUGUAAAGUCACCAUUAAAGUUCAACCAUAUAUAUAAAUAUAUAUAUAGCUUGGCAUUAGAUCAAAUUAGAGAUAGGUUUAUGCACUUUCAUGAUAGACAAAUUAGAUUUACAUUGUCUGUUUUUGAAACAUUCACUUUGAUACCUUUAUGGCAAGAUUUCCACUCUUCUUCUUAUAGACCUUAAAUUGUUACGCCCGAUUUUUGGGUUCCAAAAUUAAAAAAAAAAUUCUUGCAAUUCUUUAAAAGCUACACUUCAAUUUAAGAAGGUGGAAAAUUUUCUUGCUGAAUAUUCCCAAAAGUCAUCAAUAAUAUGUAAAAAUCACAAAGCAAC